GCGUCCUCUGGAAUCCAAAGCCCAGCAACGAGCGGGGGGAGAGGCGAGAGGAAGAGGAACACGACGCCAUGGCGACGACGGCGAAGGCGGCCACGGCGCCCCCCACCCACCGCGCGUCCUCGCCGGCGGCGGCGUCCCCGCCGUACCCCAGCGCCGCCAGGAUCGCCGACUCCGACUGCUUCCCCCAGUACACCGCAUCCCUCAAGUGUUUGGAAGCCAACCAAGACAAGAGCAAGUGCCAGCAGCAGUUUGACGAUUAUAAGGAGUGCAAAAAGAGAGAGAGGGAGGCUCGGCUGGAACGAAACAAGAGCCGAUCGUUAUUCGGCUGAGCAGUACGAGGACCAAUGUGCAAUAAGACGUUUAGUGUAAACUCAUGCUUUUUGUUAUUUCCUGUUGUUCCUUUAGCUUGUGGAGUUAGAAAUAGUAGAGCAUUCUCUGGGUUCAGUGAAAUGCACGGGUUUGACACGAUGUUUCACCGUCGGUUAUGACGAAAUUUCUCAAAUAAAAUGGUAUUUCCAGAACGAUUGCAGAA